GCCCGCGACCCGCGCCCGGCCCCGCACGCCCACCAUGGGGCCCGCGCUCAGGGGCCUGCUGGCCUGCAGUCUGUGGGCUCUCCUCAGAGGGGCUCCUUUGUUGCUUUAUGCAAAUAGGAGGGACUUGCGCCUGGUGGACGCUACGAACGGCAAAGAGAACGCCACCGUUCUCGUGGGCGGCUUGGAAGACGCGGCCGCGGUGGACUUCGUCUUCGUCCACGGGUUGAUCUACUGGAGCGACGUCAGCGAAGAAGCCAUUAAGCGCACCGAGCUGAACCAGACCGAGAGCGUGCAGAACGUGGUCGUUUCCGGACUCCUGUCCCCCGACGGCCUGGCCUGCGAUUGGCUGGGCGAGAAACUCUACUGGACGGAUUCGGAAACCAAUCGGAUCGAAGUCUCCAAUUUAGAUGGAUCUCUGCGGAAAGUUUUAUUUUGGCAAGAGCUGGAUCAACCCAGGGCUAUUGCCUUAGAUCCUGCAAGAGGGUACAUGUACUGGACCGACUGGGGAGAAGUGCCCAAGAUAGAACGGGCCGGCAUGGAUGGUUCGAGCCGCCACGUCAUAAUCAACACGGACAUUUACUGGCCAAAUGGACUCACGUUAGAUUACAAGGAGCGGAAACUCUACUGGGCAGAUGCUAAACUUAACUUCAUCCAUAAGUCGAAUCUGGAUGGAACUGACCGGCAAGCGGUGGUUAAAGGUUCCCUUCCCCAUCCUUUCGCCUUGACGUUGUUUGAGGACACACUGUACUGGACUGACUGGAAUACACACUCCAUCUUGGCUUGCAACAAGUACACCGGGGAAGGCCUGCGAGAAAUCCAUUCCAACAUCUUCUCUCCCAUGGAUAUUCACGCUUUCAGCCAGAAGAGGCAGCCAAAUGCGACCAACCCGUGUGGGACGAACAAUGGCGGAUGCUCCCAUCUGUGCCUGAUGGCGCCCAGCAAGCCUUUCUAUCAGUGCGCCUGUGCCACCGGGGUGCGACUCCUUGAGGAUGGGAAGACCUGCAAAGACGGUGCCACCGAGCUAUUGCUCCUAGCCCGAAGGACAGACUUGAGGCGCAUUUCCUUGGACACCCCCGAUUUCACGGACAUAGUCUUACAGCUGGAGGACAUCCGCCACGCCAUCGCCAUCGACUACGACCCCGUGGAAGGGUACAUCUACUGGACCGACGACGAAGUGAGGGCCAUCCGCCGCUCGUUUUUAGACGGGUCGGGCAGUCAGUUCGUGGUCACGGCCCAGAUAGCCCACCCCGAUGGGAUCGCCGUGGACUGGGUGGCCCGGAACCUCUACUGGACCGACACGGGCACGGACCGCAUCGAGGUGACCCGGCUCAACGGGACGCUGAGGAAGAUCCUGAUCUCGGAGGACCUGGAGGAGCCGCGGGCCAUCGUGCUGGACCCUACGGCCGGGUACAUGUAUUGGACCGACUGGGGAGAGAACCCGAAGAUCGAGCGCGCGGCUCUGGAUGGGUCCGACCGGACGGUGCUGGUGAACACUUCCCUGGGCUGGCCCAACGGCCUGGCCCUGGAUUACGACGAGGGCAAGAUCUACUGGGGCGAUGCCAAAACGGACAAGAUUGAGGUGAUGAAUGCUGAUGGUUCGGGGCGGCGGGUGCUGGUGGAGGACAAGAUCCCACACAUCUUCGGGUUCACGCUGCUCGGAGACUACGUCUACUGGACCGACUGGCAGCGGCGCAGCAUCGAGCGGGUCCACAAGCAGAACGCCGAGCGGGAGAUCAUCAUCGACCAGCUGCCGGACCUCAUGGGCCUGAAAGCCACCAACGUCCACCGGAUCAUAGGCUCCAACCCGUGCGCGGAAGAGAACGGCGGCUGUAGCCACCUGUGCCUCUACCGGCCCCAAGGGCUCCGCUGCGCCUGCCCCAUCGGCCUGGAGCUCAUCAGCGACAUGAAGACCUGCAUCGUCCCCGAGGCCUUCCUCUUGUUCUCCCGCCGAGCGGACAUCAGGCGCAUCUCUUUAGAGACCAACAACAACAACGUGGCCAUCCCCCUCACCGGGGUCAAGGAGGCGUCCGCUCUGGACUUCGACGUGACGGACAACCGGAUCUACUGGACGGACAUCUCCCUGAAGACCAUCAGCAGAGCGUUCAUGAACGGCAGCGCCCUGGAGCACGUGGUCGAGUUCGGCCUGGAUUACCCAGAAGGAAUGGCAGUGGACUGGCUGGGGAAGAAUCUGUACUGGGCCGACACCGGUACCAACCGCAUCGAAGUGUCCAAGCUGGACGGGCAGCACCGCCAAGUCCUGGUGUGGAAGGAUCUGGACAGCCCGAGAGCCCUGGCGCUCGACCCCGCCGAGGGAUUCAUGUACUGGACCGAAUGGGGAGGAAAGCCGAAGAUCGAUCGGGCAGCCAUGGACGGAAGCGAGCGCACCACGCUGGUUCCGAAUGUGGGCCGGGCCAACGGCCUGACUAUCGACUACGCAAAGAGGAGGCUGUACUGGACGGAUCUGGACACCAACUUGAUCGAGUCUUCCAAUAUGCUCGGCCUCAACCGAGAAGUCAUCGCCGACGACCUGCCUCACCCCUUCGGCCUGACUCAGUACCAGGAUUACAUCUACUGGACGGACUGGAGCCGCCGCAGCAUCGAGCGGGCCAAUAAGACCAGCGGCCAGAACCGCACCAUCAUCCAGGGCCACCUGGACUACGUGAUGGACAUCCUGGUCUUCCACUCCUCGCGCCAGGCGGGCUGGAACGAGUGCGCGGCCAGCAACGGGCACUGCUCCCACCUCUGCUUGGCCGUGCCCGUCGGCGGCUUCGUCUGCGGCUGCCCGGCCCACUACUCCCUCAACCCGGACAACAGGACGUGCCGGGCGCCUACGACGUUCCUGCUGUUCAGCCAGAAGAACGCCAUCAACCGCAUGGUGAUCGACGAGCAGCAGAGCCCGGACAUCAUCCUCCCCAUCCACAGCCUGCGCAACGUCCGGGCCAUCGACUACGACCCGCUGGACAAGCAGCUCUACUGGAUCGAUUCGCGACAGAACAUCAUCAGGAAAGCGCAGGAAGAUGGCAGUCAGAGCCUGACGGUGGUGGUGAGCUCGGUGCCGAAUCAGAACCUGGACAUGCAGCCCUAUGACCUCAGCAUCGACAUCUACAGCCGCUACAUCUACUGGACCUGCGAGGCCACCAACGUCAUCAACGUCACCCGGCUGGACGGGCGGCCGGUGGGAGUGGUGCUGAAAGGGGAGCAGGACCGGCCCCGGGCCAUCGUGGUGAAUCCGGAGAAGGGGUACAUGUACUUCACCAACCUGCAGGAAAGGUCUCCCAAGAUUGAAAGGGCAGCCCUGGACGGGACGGAGCGAGAGGUCCUCUUUUUCAGCGGCCUCAGCAAACCCGUGGCGCUGGCCCUAGACAGCCAGCUGGGCAAGCUGUUCUGGGCCGAUUCCGAUCUCCGAAGGAUCGAAAGCAGCGAUCUCUCAGGAGCCAAUCGGAUCGUGCUAGAAGACUCCAACAUCCUGCAGCCGGUGGGGCUGACGGUGUUUGAAAACUGGCUGUACUGGAUCGACAAGCAGCAGCAGAUGAUCGAGAAGAUAGACAUGACGGGCCGCGAAGGGAGGACCAAGGUCCAGGCCCGUAUCUCCCAGCUCAGCGACAUCCACGCCGUGAAGGAGCUGAACGUCCAGGAGUACAGGCACCACCCUUGCUCCCAGGACAACGGCGGCUGCUCGCACAUCUGCAUCGUCAAAGGGGACGGCACAACUCGCUGCUCUUGCCCGGUGCAGCUGGUUCUGCUGCAGGAUGAGCUGUCGUGCGGAGAGCCCCCGACGUGCUCCCCGCAGCAGUUCACGUGCUUCACGGGGGAGAUCGACUGCAUCCCCGUCGCCUGGCGGUGCGACGGCUUCACGGAGUGCGAGGACCAGAGCGACGAGCUCAACUGCCCCGUGUGCUCCGAGGCCGAGUUCCAGUGCUCCAGCGGCCAGUGCAUCGACGGCUCCCUCCGCUGCAACGCCGACGCCAACUGCCAGGACAAGUCGGACGAGAAGAACUGCGAAGUGCUCUGCUUGAUGGAUCAGUUCCGCUGUGCCAACGGACAGUGCAUCGGCAAACACAAAAAAUGCGAUCACAACAUGGACUGCAGCGACAAGUCGGACGAGCUGGACUGUUACCCCACGGAGGAGCCGGCGCCCCAGGCCACCAAUACCGUCGGCUCGGUCAUCGGCGUCAUCCUCACCAUCUUCGUGUUCGGAGCCAUGUAUUUCAUCUGCCAGAGGGUGCUGUGUCCACGCAUGAAAGGAGACGGGGAGACGAUGACCAACGACUACGUGGUCCACGGCUCGGCCUCGGUGCCCCUCGGCUACGUGCCCCACCCCAGUUCCCUGUCCGGCUCUCUGCCGGGAAUGUCCCGGGGGAAAUCGGUGAUCAGCUCCCUCAGCAUCAUGGGGGGAAGCAGCGGACCUCCCUACGACAGAGCCCACGUCACCGGGGCCUCCUCCAGCAGCUCCUCGAGUACCAAGGGCACGUACUUCCCGGCGAUUCUGAACCCGCCUCCGUCUCCGGCCACGGAGCGUUCCCAUUACACCAUGGAGUUCGGCUACUCGUCCAACAGCCCUUCCACUCACAGGUCGUACAGCUACCGGCCGUACAGCUACCGGCACUUCGCGCCCCCCACCACCCCCUGCAGCACGGACGUGUGCGACAGCGACUACGCGCCCAGCCGCAGGGUCACGGCCGGGGCGGCCUCCAAGGGCUACGCCAGCGACCUCAACUACGACUCGGAGCCCGUGCCCCCGCCCCCCACCCCCCGCAGCCAGUACCUGUCGGCGGAGGAGAACUACGAGAGCUGCCCGCCGUCCCCCUACACAGAGAGGAGUUACUCUCACCACCUCUACCCGCCGCCCCCGUCCCCGUGCACGGACUCCUCCUGAGGAGCGGCCCCCCUCCUCUGCCUGCCUCCAACGCCCGCCGCGGAAGGCCGAUGGGCGGAGACCUGGAGGGGGGGAGGGGGCGACCGGAGAAGGGUGAGGCAGGCCAUGUACAUUUAAAAGUUAUUAAAUGGGGGGGGGAAUACCGGAGAUAUUUGUACAGAAGAAAAGGAUAUUUAUAUAUUUUCUUAAAACAGCAGAUCUGCUGCUUGUGCCAUAAAAGUUGUCUAAAAAAAAAAAAAAAAAGAAAUUUGUACACAAAGUUUUUAUUUUUGCCAAACAGAACACAUAGUAAACAUGCCUUAGCUCCAGUGAAGCGAAGAAGCGCCCGGGGAGGAGGAGGGCAGAGGCGCGCGCCCGGCGAGGUGAGGCCGGGGCUCCGGCGAUACCAAAAAGGCGGUGGGGGUCCGGGCCCCGGCGGGGGUCCGGCCCUCGGUGCGGAGGGCGGGGAGGGAGAGAGAGACGCCCGGGCAGGCGCCGGCCCGGCGGCACCCGGGGCCGGUCUCUCGAGGAGGCCCACCGGGAGGUGCCCGGGACCCGGUUCCCGGCCGGCCGCCGGAGCGGGCGCUUCCGUUCGGCGGGGCCGGCGGGACGUGGCGGACCUGCCGUGGGGUUGUGUGUGUGCCUUUUUGUUGCCCUUUCCCCGGCUCCCUCAGCUUCUACCCCUGGGGGCGAUCUGUCCAUCUCCCCCCUCUGUCCUGUUCCCUUCUCCCCCUCCCAUUCCAGUCUGGAGACACUGAGUCGUCGUCCCCACCCCCCACCCCCCCCAUCCCUGUAUCUCUCUCCCUCUCUCCUGUUCUCUGUCUCUCCCCCUGCCUCCUUCCCUCCCUCCCUCUCUCCUCCCCAUCCCAUUCCAGUCUCGGGGACACUGAGCCCAGCACUGUCAGCUGCCCAGGGUUCGGGUCCAGACCUCAGUUUGGGCCGGGGACGCGGGGGGCGGCGCGGUAGCCUCGAUUCUCGUUGCCCUCGGGACGGCGGAGCGUGGCCUGAGGGGUCCUGCUCCCCUCUCCGUCACCCCCUCGGGAGGGUUCAGCGGCCUGACAACCUCGGUUUUACAUCCCGGGUGGGAGAGAGAGUUUGUCCCUUUUUGAAAUGUUUUCACCUCUCAGUGCCCACAGAACUAGGUUAAAAAAGAAAGUUUUUUACAACUUAUACUAUAGACGCUAUAUUUAUGGAUCAUAAAUUUAACCAUUUAUGUUAGUUUAUUGUAAAUGAAUCGUAUAUCCUUGCAGUACUUCCAGUGUAUAUCACAGUAUAAAGUCAUUUUUUUUUAUAUAUAUAUAUAUAUAUAUUUUCUAGUAAAAAGCAUUUAAACAUUUUCCACUCGGAGACGACGGUGAAGGAAGACCGUUUUUACCGCUCGAGUUUCUCCAGCGACCCAGCCCGUGCCACGUUCGUGUUAAAGUUCGCCAGUUCUCCGGGCGCGAGCCCCGCGUACCUCCGCCUGCGUGGCCCGAGUCGAAUAGGGUAGUGUGGUCGUGUGGGCCCCCGUGAGCGGCGGACGUUGGGCCGGCCGCUCUUAGCCGAAUGGUUCUUCUGUUCGUUUCCCCACGUGUCGUGACGUGUCCCCUCCUGUGACCCUCCCGCCAGUGGCCGAGCCGGGUGACCCGAUGGUCCGGAAGGCCACCCGGCUCGGCCCGGACGGGCCGGGGAAGACCCCGCCUAUGUGAUUCCCUCCGCCGCCGCGGCCGUGGGGCCGGGGGAGCGGGACAGGACCCCCACCCCCGUUGCAUCCGUGCGGCGCCGAGCCCGGGCCUUUCCCAGGGAGGAAUCCGAGGCGGACAGAGUCCGGCGUUAGCAGGAGUGGAGCAGGGAAGCUUCGGAAGAGAAAGCCGCCGGGAUCUCGGGCCGGUUCUCGGAACGUUGGGGUGGCGCGCCGGUGUACGUCCCCUUCCCCCGCCUGGCCUUUAUCCCCGGCCGGCUCCGACGCCGGGAAACCCGCCUGGGGCCUCGUCCGGGAGGGCCCCUGAGGGGAGUUGGGGGGGAUCCAGCAAGAACUUGGCCUCACGGGCAUUUCCCUCUGACGUCGGGCCGUUCGACUGUGGGAGUCCUCCGGGGACGCGUGAGCUCGGAGGGUGGGUUCGUCCCCGGGACGGUGAACCCGGUUCUGAGUCUCGGGGCCCUCCGGGGCCGGAGGGGGUUCGACGGUGGCUCGACUUGGGGCCGCUGUCCUCUUGCGGGGGGAGCUAACGAGAUCUGUGAAAGGUUCGUGACUUGGAGGUGGGAGUUUUCCGGAAAGCGGGGUGAGGGACCGACCUGGGGGGCUCCCAGGAUGUUGGAGCGGGAAUAAAACCCGCUGGCCAUCACCCUCCGCCCCAAACAAAUGCUACGUAUCAGUUACCGUCCACACCACGACCCCCACCCCUCAGAGUUCAUCUGGACUGGCGGCUAGGGCUGGCCAGCCCGAAGGAAGCAGUCAGCAGAGGUUAGCCAUCACGGGGCAUCGGACGGGAAGUGGUUUCAGAACGGGGUCCGUUAUCAGACGAGACCCGGAUUUUCGGGUCAGGUUCGGCCAAAAUUCAGAACAAAUCUUAUCCCGCUGCUCUACGCGCGCAAAAGCCUCUCGAAGCCUCGUCCGUUGGGUUUGGGUCCGAGCGCUUCCUCGUCUGCGGCGGACCGACGGUUGGGAUGGAGGGAGGAGGGCGGAAGGGGGAACGUCGUGACGCUCCGGGAGCCCGUUGGCGUGGCGUUGAAGAGAUCCCAGACGGAUAAUCCAGAAUAGCCGGACGGUCCCGUCCGGGUUGAGGAAGCCAGGGGGAGCGGGCCAAGCGAGGACUCUAGAUGGUUGAACUCAGCGGACCCAUUUCUUUCAUUUUUGGUGCACUGAACGGUUGGCAAAGAUCCCCGGACCCCGGCCGGCUCUCCGGGCCGAGCCUGCUCUGUGGGGGCAGCCGGCCGGCGCUCCGAUCCGACGGGGGAGCCCCAACAGCCCCCCCCCCGGAAAGGAAUCUGGUUGACGGACGCUUCUCGGUGAAUCUUCCUUGGAGACCGGGAGCUCCUCGAGGCCAGGGAUAGGGUCUUCUAAGUCUCGUACCCUCCCAGGCGCCCAGUACAGUGCCCUGCACCCAGUGGGCGCUCACCUAGUGCUGAUCGAGUAGCUGCCUGCCCCUGGCACCCACUUCUUAGGGCAUAGGUAGCUUUGGAACGGCGUAGCGUAACCGGUCUCCGGAUCUGCCUGAGCUGGAAACCUGGAUGGAUUUUAAGAGAAUUGGAGUUGACUUGCUAUUCAGGAAGAGUUCGGGGAGAUGCAAGGUGCGGUUUAGGGGGACGUCGGCUCUGGAGCUCGAGGACCCGAACGGUCCCCCUUCAUUCCGGGCGCGUUUUGACGCCUCUGCUGCUGGGGCUCACGGACCCGUCGGCCUCCCGUCCCCCCGACCCUGGCUCCCCACACUGUGGCGUCCGGCGGGGACCAGAAGCCAGCUUUUGUCCUCAGAGGGGCCUUUUCCCAAAAUAGCGGACGCUGGGAAGCGGACGGGACUUCCGGCCCGACUCCCCGGACCAGAGCGGUGGGCGAUGUCGGGUCCGGGGAACCGGCGAGAGAGAAGUCAGAGCCAGGCGGGGGUGGGGUCUCCUGCGAGCGGAGAUAGGGCGGGAAGUGAAACGGGGGACAAGGAAGUGUCUGAGGAGGCAGGGGGAGGUUCUUGAGAAUUUAGGCCGGUCCCACCCGAGCGCAAGCGUAGGCCGGGGGCCGCUUUGGGGUAUUUCUCCUCGGUGGUUUGUGUUCUGUUUUUUACGUCACGUGAGCUUUAAUCUCUGUCGUCGUCUUCGAACCGGCCGAUGUCUCUCGGUCAUCGACUUCGGUACGAUCGUGCUUCGCAAGGAUGUAUUUAUGUUAUAAUGGCCAACAUUUGGUCAGGCCCGACUCGUUUAUUCACUAACACUUUUUUGUUGUUGUUGUAAAAUAAAGUGCUUUACUUGUCAACCGUGUAAAAAAAAAAAAAACACCACCCUGUACAAACCCCUUUUGGAUCAUUGCCGUACGCGGAGUUGUAACUAAUGAAAUGUUGAUUUUUAUAAUAAAACUGAGAGUGAAAA